AGUGCAGUAUUAGUGUCUUCGUGCAAGUGCCAAGCCAAUAUUAAUCCUCCUAAUUCAACAUGGUUUUACCAUCCUCGAUAUCAAAAUGCCGGGGUAUGCCAUGGCUCCUCGCCAUAUACCUCGCUGGGUGUUUUAAUUACGACAUGACGCUUGCCGCUGAACAUGGACGCAGCCGCAUCAACAUGGCACAAGCCCCCGCCCCGACGCCAGCCCACCGACCUGCUCGCCCGUCAAGAUCAAGCAAGCAGCAAAGGGCCCAUCACGACAGAGAUGGCCACCUGCGGUUUCUGGGACGGCGACUCUGUCCUUCCAAACGACUGGCCCGGGCACACUUGUCGCCUAGAGCCGAGUCUCAGCAUGUACCAUUGGUGUCCGACUAGCGUCACCAAAGGUCACAGGGAUUACAAAAGCUGCGCACCAAUAGCAAAGUGUCACGAUUUGUACACCUGCUAUAAGGGUUGUGGGGCAUCAAAGUCUGCGAGGGAUGCAUUAACUGUCACAUGGGAACACUCAAUCCCAGAAAACCACGUCCUCGCCAAAGUCGACGAAUGCAAGCCCGGCAUCUACCCUGGGUUCUUCAGUGAACAACACCGAGACCUCAUCGAGGUCAAGUUCCAGAACUUUCCAGAUUUUUCAGAGCUCUACGUCGAGCUCGUCUCUGCCUACUGCAAGCAGUAUAGACAGUGA